GGCGGCGCUCUCCGUGGUGCAGGAGAGGCCCAGCUUGGCCCAGCAGUACCUGCUCUGCCCCCUGCUGGCUCCACUGCAGCGCUGCAUCACCGCAUCCGACGAGGACGAUUCUCAGGCUGCAGUGGAGGAGUCGGAGCUGACCAGGUGUGUGGACGACGUCUACAAGAUCUGGGUGGUUGGAAACAGUCCGUCGGUUCCCCUCCUCAAAGCUCUGGAAGAAGUUCUCCCUGUCGUCUUCACGCUGUUCUGUUUCACCAAGAAGAACGUCUCCCACCUGCGCACCCCCUGUCAGGAGAUCUUACUGUGGUACCUGAACCACGCCGAGUCCUCUGCGGGUUUGUCGGCGCUCAGGCAGCUUUCAGGCCUUCGGCGGCGGAACAACGAGGUGGCGUCCGACUUCCGCUUCACGCCGGGCAGCGAUGGAGGAGCCAGACUGAGCUGCAGAGGAAGCAGCAGCGACGAGGACGACGAGCUGUACGAGAAGCUGUCGGGGGAACAGUGGCGGCUCGAGUGUCUGAUGCAGCUGCUGGCGGAGCUCAAAGACUGCGACCUGCCGGGAGACUUUUUCCUGGAACUGCUGCAGGAGCUGACCAGCUGGGCGGCUGCAGCCGACGAUGAAGAGGCGAAGGACGGAGAGCAGCCGGACGUGUCGGCCAUGACGCUGCUGGAGGUGGAGCAGCAGCAGCUGGGCGGAGCCGAGAGACGAGCCCAGAGGCUGGUUCUGCUGCAGGUUCUGGCCGUGAUGGUGGAGUGUUUACAGCACACCGAGCUGCUGAGGAAAACCACACAGGUGGUGGACUUCAUGGUGUCGCUCCUCCAGAGGGCCUGUGUGGGCCUCGAUCAGGCCACUGGGCCACGCGUUGGGAACCCGGUGGAGAGCCAGACGCUGAGCAUGGGGAUGGGUCUGGUGGCCACGAUGCUGUCUGGACCUCAGCUCGGUGCAGACGACUACUCGUCCAUGUCGAAGCUCCUCCUUCCGCUGCAGACUUUGUCUCAGCGGCAUCCGGACGUCGUCGUCCAGGAGCUGGCGUCCAACCUCAGAGCUGUCAUCGCUACUCACGGCGCCUACCGGCCUGAAAACCUCACCGCCGCUGCCGCCGGUUCAUCCUCCAGGAACCCCGAAUCAGCAGCAAACCACACCAGCGAAGCAAAGACGCCUGUCGGCAAACCCCCAGCAUCCUCUGCAGGAAGUGGCACCAGUGACCCGCCUGCUAAGCCGUUUUCUGAUUGGCUGCUGGAGGCGUGCGACCCGGACGUGCCGACCAGAGCGUUCGCCCUGAGGGUCCUGAACCAGAGGGUGCAACACGGAGACCCAGAAGCCGUCCAGAAUCAGGAGAAAGUCCUCGUGCUCUUCUUGGAAAAUCUGGAGCACGAGGACUCGUUCGUUUACCUGUCAGCCAUCCAAGGUCUGGCCUCUCUGGCUGAUUCGUUCCCCGACAGGAUCCUGGAGAGGCUCCUCAGAGACUUCAAACACGGACCCUCGCUGCCUUCGUCCGACAAGCAGCGCUCCCUGGAGACCCGGCUGAAGCUGGGCGAGGUGCUGAUGAGGGCGAGCAGGGCCAUGGGAGAUCUGGCUCCACACCUCGGCCGUCCUCUGCUGGGCGUCUUCCUGCAGGGAACCAGAGACCCGGAUCAGAGCGUCCGGGCCAGCAGCCUGUCCAACCUGGGGGAGCUCUGUGGGAGGCUGGACUACGCUGUGGGGCCGCUGGCUCAGGAGCUGAGCUCUUGUCUGACGGCUCUGAUAAAGACUGAAACAGAGGCAGAGGUGAGGAGAGCCGCCGUCCACGUUAUCGCCCAGCUGCUGCGAGGCCUCAGCGACAAAACCACACAGGUUCUCAGUGAGGUUCUGUUGGACCUGUACCGGGCCCUGAAGCUGGUGGUUCGCUCGGACCCGGACGAGGUGGCGGUGCUUCACGCUCAGCUGGCUCUGGAGGAGCUGGACGACGUGAUGAGGAGGUUCAUCUUCCCCGAGCAGAAGCUGGAGAAGAAGAUUGUCGUCCUGCCGUAGAACUCUGGUUUAGUUACUGAACAGGGUCUUUAAAGGGUCGGUUCUGCCUCCGUGUAAACCGGGUUUUGUGUUCUGGAGGUUUCAGAGCUGCAGUCAGAUCGUGUAGAAGCAACAGGAACUGAACCACUCGUCUGAAAUAAAGUGUUCAACGUCUGUUCUCUGGAUUUGUGUCACAGAAGAUGCUGAAUGUGCAGGUGUGACAGCAACGGGUCAGAAUCAUCAGAAUCAGACAGCAGGUCCAGAGAAGCAUCUGUUUGGCAGGACUUCAGUCUUAGACUUCAGACAAAACACGCUGUUUUUCUAGUUAAGUUUUGGGUUAUUUUGCUUCUAUGACAUGCUUUCUAGUUGAGAAGAAAAAUCCAAAAUACACAUUCAGGUGUUUAUUUUACUGCUUUUUUUAUUUGUGUUUGUAGGUUUUGAUUAUAAAACAUAUAAAGGCUGAAACCUACAUUCAC